AUGCCGCCGAAGAGAGCCAAGAAGAGAGCGGCGUCUCCUGUAGCGGACGACGACGCGCCGCAGAGAAAGCAGCCAAAAAGGGGCGGCAGGGCCAAAGCUAAAGCCGAGCCAAUCGACGAUGACGCCAGCGCCGACAACGCAGAGGCAGAGCAGCAGACAGACAAGAAGUCUUCCAAGCCCGCACCGCAGUUCAAGGAGGCUCAGGUCGCCAAACCUGGGUCUCGUCAAGUUCCACUCGAUGAAGGCUGUCCAACAUCGUACCGAGUCUACGUGGGCGACGAUGGGAUCAUUUACGAUGCCUCGCUGAAUCAAACCAACGCCAGCGGCAACAACAACAAGUUCUACCGCAUUCAGCUCCUUCACAGCAGCAGCACCUACCGGACAUGGACUCGAUGGGGCCGUGUCGGCGAACGCGGCCAGAACGCCAUGCUCGGGAACGGAAGCCUGGAAGAUGCGCUGAAGAACUUCGACAAAAAGUUCAAAGACAAGUCCGGCUUGAAGUGGGACGACCGCCAGGAGAAGCCCAAGCCGAACAAGUACGUCUUUGUGGAACGCAGCUACGACCCUGAAAGUGACAACGACGAUGAGCCGGCCGCAAAGGGUGGCGCUGAACGCAACGGCUACUCCCCACCCAAGUGCACGUUGGACUCGCCGGUCAAAUCACUCAUGGAGCUCAUCUUCAACCAGGAGUACUUCGAAGCCACCAUGGCAGCUCUGAACUACGACUCGGAGAAGUUACCACUCGGCAAGCUCAGCAAGCCCACGAUCAGUCGCGGAUAUCAGGCGCUUAAGGAGCUCGCUGAUCUUCUUGACGACUCUUCGAAAGCUGGCAACUACGACUUGUCGGUCGCUGAGGCUACAGAGCAUCUGUCCAACCUGUACUACUCAACCAUCCCACACUCGUUCGGCCGCAACCGACCUCCAGUCAUUCGGACCAUGGAGCUGCUGAAGCGGGAGAUUGAGCUGCUGGAGAGCUUGACGGAUCUCAAGGAAGCGGAUGCCAUCAUCAAAGACAAAGGUGACCGCGAUGUUCACCCGCUUGACUCACGCUUCAAGGGUCUGGGGAUGCAGGAGAUGACAGCGCUCGAGCCGGACAGUGCAGAAUUCUCCGGCGUCAGCGAGUAUCUUCUCAAGACGUGUGGGUUCACACAUACGGUCAACUACCAUGUCCUCGACAUCUUCCGUAUACAGCGAGCCGACGAGGAAGACCGCUUCUUGAAAAGUCAAUUCUCGAAGGUGUCAAGUGACCGGAGGCUGUUGUGGCACGGCUCCAGGGCCACCAAUUACGGCGGCAUUCUUGGGCAGGGGUUGCGUAUUGCUCCGCCUGAGGCGCCUCUCAGUGGGUACAUGUUCGAUAAGGGCAUUUAUCUCGCAGACAUGUCGUCGAAGUCUGCCAACUACUGCGUUCCUGGGAUCUCUGGAGGCCAUGCCCUGUUACUACUCUGUGAGGCCGAGCUCGGCGAUCCGAUGCAAGUGCUCGACAAUGCACAAUAUGAUGCAGGUACGACGGCCAAGGAGAAGGGACUGCAUUCGACGUGGGGUCGAGGCCAGACAGCGCCAAAGGCCUGGAAGGAUGCGAAAUGCUUGCACCGGUCGCUUGCAGGCGUGAAGAUGCCCGAUACCACCGAGAAGCCCGACGACACCGGCGCUUUGGGCGCUUAUCUUCAGUACAACGAGUACAUCUGCUACGAUGUUGCUCAAGUCCGCUUGCGCUACCUGCUCCGCGUUCGCAUGUGA